AGUUAUUUGUCUCAGACUCUCAUGUGGACUGCCUUACUUAUCAGAACAUUUCAGGUAUGCAGGAGGAAGAAGCAUACGCCUCUCUUCAGUGGGAUAAUCCAACACCAAGCCCUUACCAGAAACAUCUGUCUUCCACCAAAAAUUCAGGAGCAUGGUGUCUGGUGACGGUGAUUUUAUGUAUUUUCUGCACGGGCUCAUUAGCAACCUCCAUUUUCUUGGGCAUCAAGUUGUUUCAGGUGUCCUCUACUGCAAUGAAGCAGCAAGAAAAACUCAUCCAACAGGACAGAGCACUGCGCAACUUCACACAGUGGAAGAGAAACCACGGCCUCCAGAUGAAAUAUUGCCAAACCUUGAUGCAAGAGUCUUUUGGUUCAGCCCGUAGCUGCAGCCCUUGUCCAGACAACUGGAUUCAGAAUGGAGAAAGUUGUUACCAUGUCUUUGAAAACUGGAAAAUUUGGCACACCAGUACAGAAGAUUGUUUGAAGGAGGGCUCUAAGCUUCUACAAAUAGACAACAAAGAGGAAAUGGCCUUUAUCACUGGCAGCCUGAGAAACAUCAAAAGAAACCACGAUUACUGGGUGGGACUGUCUCAGGAUGGGUCCAGCCAGCCUUGGCUUUGGCAAGACGGCUCCUCUCCUUCCCCUGAUCUGCCGCCAAUACAGGGAUCCCAGUCAACUAACCAGGUCUGCGGAUACCUCAGAAACAACAGCUUUUCCUCGGCUAACUGCAGUGCUUGGAAAUAUUUCAUCUGCGAGAAGUACGCAUUACGAUCUUCUACUUGAAGGAAAUUUUGCUUGAAGUGAUUGCUCCAUUAUCAUAAUAUUUGCAACAGAUCUUUGGAAAACCUGUAACAUUGAGCUUAAAAGCCAGUGCAGAAGUAACCCAGUGUGAGGGGUGUGAAACUGGCUACCUGGGACAACAAAACCUACCUUGCAUUUACCCUUGAUAAUGUUCCUCAACACUUUCCAGAUGUUCCUUCGACAUUGUUCAAAUUAAUUACCAAGAAUAAAAUUGAUUUAAAGCAACAGAGAACAAAACCCUAAAGAGCUGAGAACAAGGUGAAGAAAAAUAAUUUCCAUUUGUCAUAUUUUUCUUUCUCUCUCUCUCUCUUUUAAUUUAGGGUGACUGUAAACUCCACAGAAAAAUCUAUAAGUCACUGGGGAGAUGAUGUAGUUUUAGCUGACUGAUAUUCUUUUCUAACAAAUGAAUAAAGGUGAUCUUUUAAAUGCACAGUUUGCCAGAUCUUUCUAUGCAUUGGCUGGUUUUUCAGGCAUUAUGUUGUCAGACCCAGCAGGGUGGGAGGAC